ACGCGCGUCUUUAUAGACGCUCAGAUUGUGUGGGCAGAAAUAUUAGGUGGGAUGUUUGAAUGGAGAGGAGCGAGGCACCGACACCAGACAUCGCUCUCUCUCUCGCGCGCUCACACUCGGGCCAAAUGUCGGGCCGCCGGGUUGGCUUCUGUCUCAGCGAUAAGAAGCGCAGGAGGAUGAACCUGGACGCCUUUGCGGUCUUCUGUGAGACAAGCCCCAUCCAUUGCCAACCCUGUUCAGGUGACUCCUGCUAUCAUCUCCAUUCAAUUAUAAACAUUUAUUGCAGGGGCCAUGGAGUGGAAGUGGUGGAGAUUGACCUCACUCAGCCACUGGUGCACCAGGGACCCUUCGACAUCAUCGUUCACAAGCUGUCGGAUGUCAUCGUGGACGCCGAGCACGACAGCCAAUCGCAGCAGGUCCUCGCCAACUUCCAGAGCUAUGUGUCGGCUCAUCCCAGCACAGUGCUUCUGGACCCGCUGCCCGCCAUGACCCAGCUACUAGACCGCUUUGCCUCUUACCAGAUCAUGAGCGAGCUGCACAAGUCACUCCGAGACUGGAGCAUCUGCAGUCCUCCUUAUCUAGAGAUCCACAGCGCCGGUGACCUGCCUUCCAUUCAACAGGCUUUGAUGACCCAGGGCCUAAGCUUUCCUCUCAUUUGUAAAACCCGAGUGGCCCACGGCUCACUUUCCCAUGAGAUGUCUCUGAUCUUCAGUGCAGGAGGUCUGGCUGACAUCCGUCCUCCCUGUGUUCUCCAGAGCUUCGUCAACCACGGAGCUGUUCUGCACAAGGUGUUCGUGGUGGGAGACAGACACUUCUGCGUAGAGAGGCCUUCGCUCAAGAACUUCCCCUCAGGUCCCUGUGAGAGGAAGACCAUCUUCUUCAACAGCCAUCAGGUGUCCAAACCGGAGUCAAACUCUGAUCUCACAGCACUGGACGAGCAGAUGCCGUGCCUGCCUCCUCCCAGCUCCGAGGCCGUGGCCGCUCUGGUCAGAGAGCUCCGGGUUCAGCUCGGCAUGGCCCUGUUCGGCGUUGACGUCAUCGUCAGCAUUCACACGCACACCCUCACCGUCAUCGACAUCAACAUCUUCCCAGGCUAUGAGGGAGUGCCCCAGUUUUUCUCCUCACUGCUCAGCCACAUCAAGUCAGUGUUGGACAAACAGGCGUCUGCUGGCCCCCCGGCGGCUGAUCCUCCUGAGUCAACACAGACCACAGGAGGUCCAUCUGCUGCAACAACCGGCCUUUAAGUCACCUCAGGAAGACGUCGUGCUUUGUACGUGUCUCAUCAGCUUCCCAGGGCAAGUGAAGUCAUUUGGCAUUGGCUUCUUCACUGUUCUGUUGGGACCAAACUCAGCCUUUUCCAAGACUUUGCUUCCAUUAAAAUACGUUAUUUAUAUGUAGUCCGUGACAUGAAGUUAAACUGUAAAUGACACUGAGAAUGUUGUGCCUUUAAGUGAUUUUACUCUAUUUACAAACCAUAAGGUGACACAUAAGGGUUGAAUACACUUUCUGUUUAUUGAUUGAAGCAUAGAAGAAGAUACAGCAGGCACAAAAUACAGCAAUCUGAUUGGCCAGUAAUAUUACAAAUGGUGGUUUGCUUAAUAUUGUUUUCCUUUGUUAUUCGAAAUGUCCUCUAUGCCCUUAUGUGGACCCCCCUCCCCCCAGAGACAUUUCCUUAAUCUUUCUUGCUGGCUUGUAAGAUACAUUUUGUGGAAAAACGUUUGCACUAAUAUAGAAAAAAGAAAACUACAGUACAUGUUUUUUUUUCUUCAUUUAUUCUCAAGUGAACAAACACCUCAUCUUUGGAAUAGACGGUAAUGAGCUCAUCAGUGUUGACUGACGAUGUGUGUUAUCACCAGGUGUUUACACAAGUUGACCGACCGGCGACUUUGCCUGGCGUUCAAAUACAUACAUGUUCUGUAAAUCUUGGCUGUGUAGAAAAAGAGAAGAUUGUAUCUGCUAUACGAGCACUCUAUGAUGCACUUUGAUAACAUAUUAAAAUACAUGAAAUAAUUCAUUAUUUGGCUAAUUAUUGCAUUCACAUGUGCUGUAGUCUACAUUGUGUUAUUGCAGUAAGUGGGCCUCCAUUGACCCUGUAAAUCCUGCACUGUGUGCAUGU